UGAGUGCACGUCCAAUGGAGAGAGAGAAAAUAACACAAGAAAUUAGGUGUGUACAGUAGCGUUUAAGUUCUUUACUCAUGUGAAAACCAGUACUUGCAUAGACUUAUUAACUUCGGUAGAAAAGAGGCUUCGAAUGACAUCUACGUUCCUGAACUUCCAAAAAUUUCACUGAGCGAUAACUUUAUGAACUUGGAAAAUAAUCAAGAUGCCCAUCUUCUCCGAGAAUGUACCGAAACUUACGUGAGUAUUGUUGCCUCAUUUUAUUAAUACCAUAAGACUAGCAAUAUUUCUAAUUUAUUAUUAUGGGUCCUCACUCCAACGAGUAAUAUUUUUCUCCGGGGAAAAGAGUUACUUUUUUUGUUACCGUAGCCGAUAUAAUUCUAAUUUCAUUACCGUCAUUUCCUUCCCUUCCUACAGGCAGAAGCUGGUGACAUACUAAAUUUUGGAGUUUUGACCAGCGACGCGUUAGAGUAUUUUCACUCUCACAUAUUGGCCGAGUUAGUCUCCUUUCUUCCUGCUUCUCCUAUCCUAAGUCAACCAUUCGUAUAAUAACACAUUUAUUGAACCUUACUCUUCAAUUGAUUUUUCCUUCGCAUUUAAGAGUCUGUAGUUAUAAUAACUUUUUUAUUUAAACAGUGGAACAUUAGAGCAGUCGGCUGAAAUGCAUGAAACGUUUAGAAGAUUCAAUGAAGAACUCGAAAGAAGUGAACCUGAUAUUUCUCUUUUUUCUCCUCGAAGAGCUUUUCGCAUGUCCAAUGGCACGCAAACGAAUAUCGAUGCAUCCAAUUUAAUUAGUUCUAACAAUGAAUUCUUCAAAGUUCCGGAUGUCCCUAUGCCGGAUCAACAACUUGAACAGAACAUAGAGAUUCGAUUGCCAGAAGAAGAAGCACGUACUCCAAGAAAGAGGAAGUCUGUUGUUGUGCCAGAACCUCUGACCCCUUCGAAGAGACUUAAUCUUGAAGAAGUACGUAUCUACGUGAAAACUAUAUAACGUAAAGCUAUGCUUUCAUAUCAUUGUAUGACUUUUGUGAUUAGCAGCCAGAAGACACGGUAGAAGUGCCAGUGGU